UUUAAUUAUGAAAAGUCAACCCAAUAAUCAUUUUGCAAAACACAAAUGUUCCCUAUAGAGCUCAACUCGUGCAAGAAACCAACUCACUAUUUAAAGAGUCUAUCAUCUCCCUAGAAGGACACAGCCCAAAUUAAACUUAGCCAAUUUAUCUGCUUUGUGAAGUGAGUAAUUAAUUAACAAUAUUAUGGCAACUCAGAAGCUAUUUGUUCUUUGCUUAUUCAUGUUCAUUUUCGUUCAUCGGGUGGCGGCCCAAAGCCUGUCGACCAAUUUCUACUACAAAACGUGUCCGAAUGUUGGGGCUAUCGUGAAACAAACGACCGCAAGAUUCAUUUCUCGAGCGCCAUCACUUGCGCCGGCUUUACUUAGAAUGCAUUUCCAUGAUUGUUUUGUUAGGGGUUGUGAUGGGUCAGUACUUAUAAACUCCACGGCCAACAACACAGCCGAGAGGGACUCUUUUCCGAACCUUAGCCUUAGAGGGUUUCAAGUUGUAGAUGCUGCAAAAUCUGCAGUCGAGAAAUAUUGUCCCGGAAAAGUUUCUUGCGCUGAUAUCCUGGCAUUAGUUGCUCGUGAUGCAGUUUCACAGAUAAAGGGACCAUUUUGGGAAGUUCCUUUGGGCCGACGAGAUGGAACUGUAUCGAUUGCGAAUGAGGUGCUAGCGAAUCUUCCACCUCCUUUCUUCAACAUCACUCAACUCAUUUCCAAUUUCGCUUCAAAGGGUUUAACCGUCAAGGACCUCGUUGUCCUCUCAGGUGGACACACAAUCGGGGUUUCGCACUGCUCGAGUUUCACGAACCGACUGUACAACUUCACGGGAAGGAACGACGCGGACCCAAGCAUGGACCCGAACUACGUGGCGGCACUCAAGAGGCGGUGCUCCCCUACGGACACGACCACCAUAGUACAGAUGGACCCCGGCAGCUUCAUCGAUUUCGACACGGACUACUUCUCGAUAGUGAAGAAGAGACGGGGGCUUUUCACCACCGAUGCUGAGCUUCUGAAGAAUGACGAGACGAGGGCGUACGUGCAGCAGCACAUGACGUCAUCUGGUGACCCGAGUUUCUUCGCGGAUUUUGCGGAGUCAAUGGUGAAGAUGGGCAAAAUUGGGGUUCUCACAGGGACUGCUGGCCAAAUCAGAAGGGUCUGCUCUGUGAAGCUAUUUGUUCUUUGCUUCGCGCUUGUCUUUGUUCUUCGGGCCGGGGCCGAAGACCUGUCGACCCAUUUUUAUGAUACGUCGUGCCCGAAUGUUGAGGCUAUCGUGCAACAAACGACUGCAUUAUUCGUUUCUCUCAAUCCAUCACUUGCUCCGGCUUUGCUUCGGAUGCAUUUCCAUGAUUGUUUCGUUAGGGCCGAGAGGGACUCGUUUCCGAACCUCAGCCUUAGAGGGUUUCAAGUCAUUGAUGCCGUGAAAUCUGAAGUCGAAAAAUAUUGCCCAGGAAAAGUUUCUUGUGCAGACAUACUGGCAUUAGUGGCUCGCGAUGCAGUAUCACAGAUACUGGGGCCAUAUUGGGAAGUUCCCUUAGGCCGGCGAGAUGGAAAUGUGUCGAUUGCGAAUGAGGUGCUAACGAAUCUGCCGGCUCCUUUCUUCAACAUCACCCAACUCAUUGCCAGUUUCACGGGCAAGGGUGGGCACACGAUCGGUGUUUCGCACUGCUCGAGCUUCACGAACCGUCUGUACAACUUCACGGGCAACAACGACGCGGACCCGAGCAUGGACCCAGCGUACGUGGCUGUCCUCAAGAGGCAAUGCUCCCCUACGGACACGACCACCGUAGUCCCGAUGGACCCCGGCAGCUCAAUGCAUUUCGAUACCCACUACUUCUCGACAGUGGGUACAAUGAGGGGGCUGUUCACGUCAGAUGCAGAGCUUCUGAAGAACGAAGAGACGAGAGCUUACGUGCAGCAGCACUCAACAUUUUUCCGUAACCCGAGUUUUUUCACCGAUUUUGCCGAGUCAAUGGUGAAGAUGGGGAAGAUUGGGGUGCUUACGGGGACUGACGGCCAGAUCAGAAGGGUCUGCUCUGCCAUUGUAGUAUUCCUACUUGCAGGACUUAUAGCAGCCUCUACUCAUGCUAGUUUAAAGAUGGAUUUCUACAAAAAUACAUGCCCAAAUGCUGAGAAACUUGUGCAUGAUUUUGUCCAUGAGCACAUAAAAGAUGCCUCUAUUGCAGCAGCCCUUCUCAGGCUUCAAUUUCACGAUUGUUUCGUACGGGGUUGUGAUGCAUCGUUGCUUUUGGAGUCCACAGUCGAUAGUGGGAAAAAAACCGAAAAAAAUGCUCCUCCGAAUCUGACUCUCAGACAAUUCGACUUCGUAGAUAAGGUGAAGAGGUUGUUGGAGGGAAAAUGCCCUGGAGUCGUCUCAUGUGCCGAUAUCCUUGCUUUAGUUGCACGGGACGCCGUUCGAGCCAUUGGUGGGCCCACCUGGGAUGUCCCAACGGGCCGGAGGGAUGGGCUGGUAUCAAAUGGCUCAGAAACAUUGACCCAACUUCCAUUCCCAAUAGAUAAUUUAACAACUCUCGAAGAUAAAUUUGAGAAGAAGGGGCUUAAUAUGCAGGACUUGGUAAUUUUAUCUGGCGCGCACACCAUCGGGACUUCUCAUUGCGCGUCGUUUGCUCUUAGAUUAUACAAUUUCACGGGCAAAGGGGGUGAGGACCCCACCAUGGACCCCGCCUACGUGGACAACCUCAAGAACAAGAAGUGCAAGAGCAUAAGCUCCACGAAUAGAGUCGAGAUGGACCCGGAAACUUCCGAGAAGUUCGACCGGAAUUACUAUGUGAACGUGCUCAUGAGGAGGGGCUUGUUCUCGUCCGAUGCAGCACUGUUGACUAAUGAUAAGUCUCGGUCGAUCAUCGACAAGAUUAUCGAGGGACAAUCGGUGAAUUUCUAUGAAGAAUUUGCAAAAUCUAUGGUGAAAAUGGGAAAUAUCGAGGUUAAGACGGGGACUGAUGGUGAAGUUAGGAAGAUUUGUACUCAAGUCAAUUCCUAAGACUUGUUUUUUUCAUGUACCAUUUUAGUUUGCUUUGUGAUUUGAGUGUUCUUUAGGCCCGUUUGUUAGGUCCACCCACACCACGAGACCCAUUGCUCAGAGUUUUUAUGAAUUUAAGCCGUCAAUUUAUGUUGAAGAAACUCAUAAACAUCAUCCAAUGGCCUGGCAAAAGGAAUAAAGGAUGAUGUUGCAGGAACUCAUACACACCAUUUGAAGACUACAACAUUCCUUCUUUUAAAAUCUAAAACUCAUAAACAUCAUCAAUGGACAAUUUGAGCCAUCAGUUUAUAUUGCAGGUACUCAUAGAUUUAAGACAGCAACGGCCGA